AGUAUUUUAAUGUUAAACCAGCCCUGUGAUGGAGCUGGUUGGCAACUCCUCCUCCUCCCUCUCCUCCAUCCUCCUCCUCCUCCUCCUCCCUCCCAUCAGCACCAUUGUUGGUUUCCCGUGGCGACCGGCCUGUUGGUUGCCAUGGCGACGUGCUGCGACAGCAAACCCCGUCAGCAUCAGACCAAUAAUUUGUAGCUGGACGACAUCGUUUCCUUUUAUAGAGCAAAGAGGGAAGGACGGUCGUCACGCUGCUCUGAGGGGACACAGACAGACAGUAGGUUAUAUACAACUGGACAGAGAGACAGACAGAUGGACAGAGAGACAGACAGCUGGACAGAGAGACAGACAGGUGGACAGACAGCCACCAAACAGCCAUGAUGUCUGCUGCCUUCACGGACCUCCUCUUCCUCCUCCUCCUCCUCCUCCUCCUCCAGGCUCCAGCUCGUCUCCUCUGAAUCGGAUAAACAGCAACAUGAAGCGUCUGUUCCCGCUCUGCUGUCAACCGAUGUCAUUUAACUUCUCUGAGAGGGAGAACUCGACUGUCCUGGCAACCUUACCCACAACCCCCCACUGCAGCCUCGAGGGUUCGUCCUCCGGCCAGCCCAACGGGACCGUCGCCUCUGAUGAGCUGACUUCAGGCGAGGUCGCUGUCCUGGGCUUGGUGUUCGGGGUUCUGUGGUUGGUGUCCAUCCUGGGGAAUGCCCUUGUCUGCUUGGUCAUCCACCGGAGCCGGCGGACUCAGUCCACCACCAACUACUUUGUGGUGUCUAUGGCCUGUGCAGACCUGCUCAUGAGUCUGGGUUGGGCGCCCUUCAUCCUCAUGCAGGUCGCCUCAGGACGAUGGCCAUUGAGCGCUGCCGCCUGCAAGGCAGUGCGCUACCUGCAGCACCUCUGCCCAGGUGUGCAGGUCUACGUCCUGCUUUCCAUCUCCGUAGACCGCUUCUAUACGAUCGUCUACCCGCUCAGCUUCAAGGUGUCCAGAGAGAAAGCCAAGAAGAUGAUCGUGGCGUCGUGGCUGUUUGACGCGGCCUUCGUGUCGCCGUGUCUCUUCUUCUACGGCUCCACAUCUGGCAGCAGUCACUGUGACUUUUUCCUCCCGGACAGCUGGAGCAGUAUAGCCUACGCUGCUGUUCACCUCCUGUUUGGUUUUUUGGUCCCAGUGGCGCUGAUCGUGUCGUUCUACCAGCGGGUGGUCCGCUACAUCUGGAGGAUCAGCGCCGACGGACACACGGUGCGCCGGACGAUGAACAUCGUCCCACGGACUAAAGUCAAGACCAUCAAGAUGUUCCUCAUGCUCAAUACAGUUUUCUUCCUCACCUGGACGCCGUUCUACGUCGCCCAGCUGUGGCACCCGAGGGAGUCUGACGGACCCGGCCGGCAGGGGCUGCUGUUCUUCUCCGCCAUCGCCUGGGUCUCCUUCAGCUCCACGGCGUCCAAACCAACCCUGUACUCCGUCUACAAUGCGAACUUCAGAAGGGGCAUGAGGGAGACCUUCUGCAUGUCAUCCAUGAAAUGCUACCGCAGUAACGCAUACACCAUCACGGCGAGCUCUCGGAUGGCCAAAAAGAACUACAUCGGGGUGGUGGAAAUCCCGGUGCAAGCGAAGACGGUCGCCAAGGACUCGGUUUAUGAUACGUUUGGACGAGAGGCGAAGGAAAAGAAGGUAGCCUGGACCACGAACGCCAACCCUCCCAAUACUUUUGUCUAAGUGGACGGUUUGGAAACUGUGAAACUUUUUCCUCAACAGCACAACAUCAGCGUUGGCGGGUGACCUAUAGCUGCUAGCUGGAGGCUAACAUGCUAACCCUGUAUUCACUCACAGACACAAUGUGUUCAGUUUGUAUAAAGGGCUUUCUCUCCGAUGUAACACACCUCCUGGCAGCCAUAUUGGAGCUGCGAACAGCUAGUCGUUUUUAUACUUCAGAUGUUAAUCAUAAUUUAUUUCUGUGCUGUUUUGAUGGAUUGUUUUGCCAUUGAUGCAUUUUGUUUUGAUAACGUCAGCUAGCUAACCAUCUAACCAUAGUCUGUGACCUGUUGUAAAUGCGUCUACAUAGAACAGCUGAAUCUCAAACGUAUGUAGAUGUUCAUAUUAGUUUAAAGGAUUUCUCAGGUAGUGCAGUCUGCAGUCAGUGGCCUACCCAUUAUACCCAUUAUUAUCAAAGACAGACUUGGAGGGAAUUCAUUGUAAUAUUUGUCCCAUGAAGUUAAAUAUUCACUUGUAUAUUGAUUUAUUCUAAUUCUCAACUAAACGAGGGAUGAAACCAGUAAAGAUUCUGCUGUGCCAGUAUCAUCAAAAUAUAAAUAAAUGAAUCCAUAAAUACUCACCGAACAUUUAUGAUUCUGUACUAUGGUUCUUCUUUUGGUUGGAGAUUCAAACUAUUUCAUCUCAAAUUUCGUCUUCUUCUUUUCCAUGUGGUGUUAUGUUCGUCUUCAAAGUAAAGAUCUUGAAAAAUACUGAAGUUUCAAA